AUGCAGACUGACGUAACAUGCGUUUUAGUAUUGUUACUUCUUAGAAGAAUGAACGACCGCAUUUCAUACAAGUUUCGAUCAGCCUGUUUCGUGUUCAUUGUGAUGGCCUGGCAAGUGGGCAUGUCAAACAGUCAGAUAGAGAGUUGCAGCCAGCAAACCUGCCAACUGCCAGCAUGUAGAUGUCCCUCGCACAGCAUUCCUGGAAACUUGCAGCCAGAGAAUAUUCCACAGAUGAUACUGAUUGCAUUUGAUGACGCCGUCAAUUGGGAUAAUUGGCAAUAUUACUUAAGACUGUUUCCUCCAGAUGGCAGCCGAAAGAACCCCAAUGGCUGCCCUAUCUCGGCCACAUUCUUUGUCUCCAACAAUUUCACUGAUUAUUGUAUGGUAGGUAAGCUGCACGCCAGAGGGAUGGAGAUUGGCGAUCACAGUGUCACACACAAACUGCCCAGAUUGUGGUGGACAGACGCUGACCGCCCAGCGAUGGAAUACGAGGUUUUGACACAACGACGGAACCUGGCAGAGAAAGCAGACAUUCCUAUUGAAGAGAUUCGUGGUUGGAGAAGUCCAUUUCUACAGCCAGCAGGAGAUGACCUGUUCUCCGUCUUGCACGACAACAAUUUCACAUACGACGCCACAAUGACUUACUCGUUCCCAAAGAACCUUUACUCUCCAGUGCUGUGGCCGUUUACUCUAGACUACGGCUACACACUAGUAUGUAAUAUCGCCCGCUGUCCGCAGAAACGGUAUCCAGGUUUGUGGAUUCUGCCAGUGGUGGUUGUCAUGGACCACAGCGACCAGAAACCGUGUGCCUACGUGGAUGACUGCGCCAAUAAUCCCAGAGACAAAAACGAAGCAUAUCAGAUGUUAUGGAAGAAUUUUCUUAGAAACUACCACAGCAACCGAGCACCCCUUUACCUAAACCUGCACUCGCCCUGGCUCAACACAAAAUACCAGCUAGAAGCCAUGGAUGAGUUCAUACAGAAAAUGGUUUCUAUUGAUGAUGUGUAUGUCGUCACAAUCACACAGGCGCUACAAUGGCAAAUGAACCCAACACCACUGAACCAGCUGAAGAACUUCGAGAGUUUCAAAUGCCCUAAAUUCGCAUCCAAUGCUGAAAGUAAAAAGCUGUGUCAGUUUACCUUCAAACAUAAAACAGCCCCAGUAGCGAAAAACACCACAGAAGAAUACGAAGUUACAACACAGUUUCCAAGCCAAAAAUCAAAAACCCCAAUAAACAGCAAAUCUAAGCUUAAGCAAGGACACCAGAACAAGAUAAAACGCGGUCCCGAGAAGCCUUCCUCAUCGCCCAGCAACAACGAAAAGCAACACGACAAGACAGUCAAGAGCGAAGAAGCUUUCAAUUCACAUCAUGAGAACGACAUAGAUGAGCAAAGCAGCAUUCGUCAUCACCAUAAUUACAAAACUCACAAGCCGUGGUUUCUUAAGAGUACUGCGAUCAACUUCAGGCAGAGUUCCAUUUUCUUGUGUUUGGUGAUUUCUGUCCUUUUCCUAAUGAAGUAA